ACUGAUUCAUGUCCCAUUGACAAGACUAAGAGAUGUCUCAUUGACAAGACUAAGAAAUGUCCCAUUGAUAAGACUCAAAAAUGGCCCAUUGACAAGACUAAGAAAUGUCCCAUUGAUAAGACUCAAAAAUGUCCCAUUGACAAGACUCAGAAAUGUCCUAUUGACAAGACUCAGAAAUGUCUCAUUGACAAGACUCAGAAAUGUCUCAUUGGCAAGACUCAGAAAUGUCAAAUUGACAAGACUCAGAAACGUCCCAUUGAUAAGACUCAGAAACGUCCCAUUGAUAAGACUCAGAAACCUCCCAUUGAUAAGACUCAGAAAUGCCCCAAUGCAAUAG